AUGGCUUCGCCAGGCCUAUACUGGCCUUCGCCUCCCCGGGGGGCCUCCGUCACUGACCUGGACGACUGGUUCGCCAUUACACACGACGAUGCUCGUAUCACUGUCGCUGAUGUGGCCUCGGACGCAGAUAGCGAUAGCGAGUACGUCCUCGUCCUCUCCGAAGGCGACACCGAGUCUGAGAUUGUUCACUUAGCCCCUCCGCGUUCCGUAGCCGUAUCCCCUGUUCACGCAGCGACCCCCGCCGCCACCCCCACCACUGCCACCCCUUCUACUGCCCCUCGUGUCCAUUCUCCCCGCCUCAUCAACCUGAACGAGCGCAAAGCCUGCCGCCCAGGCCUCAACGCUGCCGCCGAGCGCGAGUGCGGCGACCGCUGGGUGGGGCUCGACGCCAAGCUCCGCAAAGGCCGGCUCCGCUACCUCAGGAUCAACCACACGCGCCACUACCACGUUGCCAGCUCGUACCCGCUCGCCGACGUCGUGUUCCGCCCCACGCGCCAGAACACGCCAGUACCCGCCGCCGUGCACAGGCGGGCGCAUGUACAUGCCUCCAUGACCGUCCGCAUCGUCGAUGCUGGCGAGGAGCUCGCGCGCAGGCUCGCUCACGAGGGGCAGGACUCGCUCAGAUCGGCCGACUUGGGCCGGCUGGAGACAUGA